AUGUUUAAAUAUCCUUUUACAACCUUUAAACAUUUAUUUUCAAUACCAACUUCAAAUAAUUAUAUUAUGUCAUCAACAGCUAGAAUUAUCACUAGACAAAGAUCAACUACCACCACUACUACCCCAAUAAUAGUAAAUUCUCCAGUAGUCAAAAAAAAAACAACAAAUAUAAAAAAUAAUAAAAUUAAAAAUAAAAAAGUAGAAGAGGGAGGUGAAGAUUUAUUAAAAGCACCAAUUGAAAAAAAAGGAUUUAAACCAUUAGAUAGUAAAAAGAGAUGUUUUUGGAUAAGUUUAACUAAAGAUGAAGAGUAUAUUCAUUAUCAUGAUAAUGAAUGGGGUAAAGAGAAUCGUGAUUCUCAAAGAUUAUUUGAAAAGAUUUGUUUAGAGGCUCAACAAGCUGGUUUAUCGUGGAUAACUGUAUUGAAAAAGAGACAAAACUAUAGAGAUAGUUUCUAUAAUUUCGAUCCGAAAUUAAUUGUUGAUAAUAUUACACCAGAGGUAAUUGAAAACAGUCUAAUGAAAAACACAGGUUUAAUCAGAAACCGUUUAAAGUUACAAGCAAUAGUUGAUAAUGCAAGAGCUUAUUUAAAGAUGCGUGAUCAAGAUAAAAUUGAAUUCUCAACAUUCAUUUGGUCAUUUGUUAAUAAUAAAUCUUCAAUUGGUCAAAGAGUGACCGGUGAUACAAGUGUUCAAGGUAGUAGACCAUUAACUAGAAAUGAAGUUUCCGAUGCUAUGUCUGUUGCUUUAAAAAAAAAAGGCUUCAAAUUCAUUGGUACAACCACCCUUUAUGCUUUUAUGCAAUCAGUUGGUAUCAUUAAUGAUCAUUGCAAAGAUUGUGAAUUUAAUCCAAUAAAUCAAAAAAAAAAUAUAUAA